UCGAGUUGCCCAAAUGCCCGACGUUUUACUGGUUCUAUCAUCCUUGGCACAGACUGCGCAUGCGUGAUAAUUCAACAACGUUCUGUCUCAGAAAGAAGCUAGUGCUCCGGAGCGUCGUCACCAGCCAUGACUGAACAACGAAACGGUGAACAAACGCCUCCCGCGUUUGCUUUCAUCAGAGAAGCAACCCCGGGUACAAGCCGUGAAGGCGGCGAGGAUGCCUCAGGCACUUCGGACGAUUACCCUGCGUAUAUUGACGAGUACAUCAAUGACGCGUUGAAGGCGUUGAACCGCCAGACCGAUGCUACUGACGUCAAUGAUGACACUGACAGCGGAAGCACGAACUACGCACCUGUGGUGUCCACCACUACUGCCGAUCACGCCUGGCCCAGAACGGGCCACGCUAACAUCGAGAAACUAUGCUCCCCUACGAAAGACACCGCGAGCUGUUCUGACGACGCCUGGCGUUGCCAGCGGAACGCGCAGCUCAGGUCGAUAGCCGACCAGACGUACAACCUCGACGGUGUCUAUUCCAGCAGUAGCCCUAGUCACCUGCACCUGGGACCCGCAAGCAGCAUCGAUCACAAAAAGCCCAGCACAAGCCGCGCUGGAAUGGUGGAGGCAUCUGCAAGUUUACAAUACGGAGAUAGAAAUCCUCAGACCACGCGGGUUCACCAAAGCAACACGCAGUACUACCCGACUGCAGGCACAUCCACCAUCCAGGGGUAUACACACAACAGAGAAACCGUAAGCACCAGUUUCACACUUCCAGUCUACAGCAGCAGCGGCGGUGGCAAAUACGCAGUGGCCAGUACAAGCCACGCGGGCACGGAGGAAGCAUCGGGCAUUCUGGGAAAUGAUGCUAGAAUUCCUGACGCCACCGGCGCUGAGCCAUGGAGUAUGCAGUACUACGCGGCUUCUGGCACAACUACAGUCUCCGAUGCCACUGACAGCGGAAGCAUCAGUCACCCACCCAUGGUGUCCAGCACCAGCGCCGAUCCCGCCACGCCUAUUACAAGCCAUGCUGGCUUGGAGAAAGCAUCGUUUAUCCCGGAAGAAACCGACAGAGUUCCUGAAGAAACCAGAGAAGCAGCGUGGCAACAGCGAGAGAACCAGGCUACCAACAGAAUGCAAGAGUGCCACGUGUGUCGGUUCGGUUUCACCGACGCGGAGGCCUUUCAAAAACACGCCGCUGACCACUCGCUUGGGAAAAACCACAACUGUCCCGAGUGUGGCAAACUGUUUAAGAGCCGUUGGAAUCUCACGAGGCAUUUAGGUACGCAUGGCGAACCGUCCUUUGAGUGCCGCGUGUGCGGCAAAAAAUAUUACACCAAAGGUGGCCGCACGAGGCACAUGCUUUCAUGCCGCGUUGGCGCACAGGACUGAGAAGCCGUCGACGGGUCUCCUUAACAGGGCAGCACCCGCCACGAAAUUGGUCGAUCAGGUCCGGAAGCACCGUCGCACCUGACGGUGGAUUCGGCAUCGCUACAGCCGUAUAUUCACCCGGGAGGAGUGCCUUCUCUGGAUGUCACCCUCGCACCAAGAUCCAUCAUGUGCCUUCGGAGAAGAACUUGCGGUCUGGGCCUCAACAGUUCUAGCUGUGAGCUAACUUGCUGACAAACAAAACUGGGCUAAUCUUAUUUCUUCUGACUAGGGCUGAAGAAGGCCUGCGAAUAAAGUUCUUACAGUGGUUAUCUCGA